GCGGCGCCUCGGGUUGUAGCGCCGCGCGGGACCCCCGGAGCCCGGAGCCCGGAGCGCGGGCGGCCGAGCGAGCGGCCGAGUGAGCGGCCGAGCGGGAGGGCGAAGACGAAGGCAGGCGAGCGCGCAGCUGUCCCUCCCCAAAGCCAUGGGCGCGGCGCGGCGCGCGGGUGCAGAGCGGAGCGGCUGGAAGGUGCGGGGGGCCGGGGUGAGGGCCUGGGGCCGCCUCUAGCCGGCUCCGAGGGCGCGGGCCCCGGGAAUGAGGGCGCCCGCCGCGGGAAGCCCGUCUGCGCGCCGCGGCGCCGUCCCGCCCAGCCAGCGAGCCUAGCAGGCAGACGCGCGGCCGGCGAUCUGGGGGCGCGCCGCUUCGCCUUCCCCAAAAUGUGAAGCGGGGAGGGCGGAGACGCAGAGACCGCCCGGCCUGGAGCUCUCGCCGAACCCCUGCCCUGCGCUCCCAGGCCGCGCCAUCCCCGGAGAGGGGCUGCAGAGCGGCGAAGCCACCGUGCCUCGCGCACCCCCGGCGCUGCGACCCCCGGCUUCGGCCCGCAGCGGCUUCGCGGUUCCCCAGGCGGCCAGAGCCGGGCCCAGGACGGUGCGUCCGGCCUCGCCCCCGGCUUCUCGCCCAGACAAGUUUGAACAAUGAUCACAGUCAACCCCGAUGGGAAGAUAAUGGUCAGAAGAUGCCUGGUCACCCUGAGACCCUUUCGGCUGUUUGUCCUGGGCAUCGGCUUCUUCACUCUCUGUUUCCUGAUGACAUCUUUGGGAGGCCAGUUCUCUGCCCGGCGCCUGGGGGACUCACCCUUCACCAUCCGCACAGAAGUGCCAGGCGGCCCCGAGUCCCGCGGCGCCCUUCGCAAGAUGAGCGACCUGCUAGAGUUGAUGAUGAAACGCAUGGACAUGCUGGCCAGGCUGGAGAAUAGCAGCGAGCUGCACCGGACUGCCAGUGUUGCCCAGUUAGCUGCGGACAGGCUCACCCCUGGGGCCAGCCUCAUUGAAAGGAUCCAGGCCAUUGCCCAGAACGUGUCUGACAUCGCCGUGAAGGUAGACCAGAUCCUGCGGCACAGCCUGAUUCUGCAUAGCAAGGUAUCUGAAGGACGGAGGGAUCAGUGUGAAGCACCCAGUGACCCCAAGUUCCCUGACUGCUCGGGGAAAGUGGAGUGGAUGCGUGCCCGCUGGACCUCUGAUCCCUGCUACGCCUUCUUUGGAGUAGACGGCACCGAGUGCUCAUUCCUCAUCUACCUCAGUGAGGUUGAGUGGUUCUGUCCCCGGCUGCCUUGGAGGAACCAGACAGCUGCCCGGACAGCCCCCAAGUCCCUUCCCAGAGUCCAGGCUGUGUUCCGGAGCAACCUGUCCCACCUUCUGGAGCUGAUGGGCAGUGGGAAGGAGUCCCUCAUCUUCAUGAAGAAGCGAACCAGGCGGUUCACCGCACAGUGGACCAAGGCUUCCAAGUACCUGGCACAGAAACUGGGGGACGUCCGGAGGGACCAGAAGCAAAUCCUUGUCCACAUCGGCUUCCUGACUGAGGAGUCUGGGGACGUGUUCAGCCCAAGGGUGCUGAAGGGCGGGCCUCUGGGAGAGAUGGUGCAGUGGGCAGACAUUCUGGCUGCUCUCUACGUGCUGGGCCACAGCCUGCGGAUCACAGUCUCCCUGAAGGAGCUGCAGAGUAACUUAGGGGUGCCGCCAGGCCGGGGGAACUGCCCGCUCACCGUACCCCUGCCUUUCGACCUCAUCUACACGGACUAUCAUGGCCUGCAGCAGAUGAAACAGCACAUGGGGCUGUCCUUCAAGAAGUACCGGUGCAGAAUCCGAGUCAUCGACACCUUUGGGACGGAACCAGCAUACAACCAUGAAGAGUAUGCCACACUGCAUGGCUACCGGACCAACUGGGGUUACUGGAACCUCAAUCCCAAGCAGUUCAUGACCAUGUUCCCUCACACCCCAGACAACUCCUUCAUGGGCUUCGUGUCCGAGGAGCUCAAUGAGACCGAGAAGCAGCUCAUCAAAAAUGGCAAGGCCAGCAACAUGGCGGUGGUGUAUGGCAAGGAGGCGAGUAUCUGGAAGCUCCAGGGCAAGGAGAAGUUCCUGGCCAUCCUCAACAAGUACAUGGAGAUCCAUGGCACCGUGUACUAUGAGAGCCAGCGGCCACCUGAGGUCCCUGCCUUUGUGAAGAACCACGGCCUUCUGCCACAGCCUGAGUUCCAGCAGCUGCUGCGUAAGGCCAAGCUCUUUAUUGGGUUCGGAUUCCCCUACGAGGGCCCAGCACCGCUGGAGGCCAUCGCCAAUGGCUGCAUCUUCCUGCAGUCUCGCUUCAGCCCACCCCACAGCUCCCUCAACCAUGAGUUCUUCCGGGGCAAGCCUACUUCCAGGGAGGUGUUCUCCCAGCAUCCGUAUGCAGAGAACUUUAUUGGCAAGCCGCACGUGUGGACCGUGGACUAUAACAACUCCGACGAGUUUGAAGCAGCCAUUAAGGCCAUCAUGAACACCCAGGUAGACCCGUAUCUGCCCUAUGAGUAUACCUGUUCAGGGAUGCUGGAACGGAUCAAUGCCUACAUCCAACACCAGGACUUCUGUGCAGGUCCAAGCCCCGUUCCACCGGGGGCAAGCACUGCCCAGAGUCCAUUUGUCUUAGCCCCUAAUGCAACUCAUCUCGAGUGGGCCCAGAACAUCAGCUCAGUUCCGGGAGCCUGGCCCCCUACCCACUCUCUGCGGGCCUGGCUGGCAGCCCCUGGAAGGGCCUGCACGGACGCCUGCCUGGACCAUGGGCUUGUCUGCGAGCCUUCGUUCUUCCCCUUCCUCAACAGCCAGGAUGCGUUUCUCAAGCUGCAAGUGCCCUGUGACAGCACAGAGUGGGAGAUGCAUCACUUGUAUCCCGCCUUUGCCCAACCCGGCCAAGAGUGCUACCUACAGAAAGAGCCGCUGCUCUUCAGCUGUGCCGGUGCCAGUACCAAGUACCAGAGGCUCUGCCCCUGCCGUGACUUCCGCAAGGGCCAGGUGGCCUUGUGCCAGGGCUGCCUGUGAGGCCAGAGCCACCCUGCCCAGAACCUGCCCACCUGCGGUUGGCAAGCACCAGCACUUUCUGAGCUCCAGCCACACUCACUGCGUGUCUCCUGGCUGCAGCCUCCCCUAGCCGAGGGCGGGAAGAGGAAGCUGAGGAGACAGCAGCUCCAAGCUUGCAGCUCCUUCCUAGGGGGCUCCUUGCCUCGCUGAAGGACCUCAGGCCAAGCAGUUGGGCUGACCUACCUGUCCGGUGUGCCCAGGAGCAUGUGGGUGGAGGUCCCUGGCUUUCUGAGGUCUGGACCAGCUGGAGACAUGGCCUUGGCCGUUCUUGGGCCCAGCAUAGGCCUUCUGAUCCACAAGGCUGGGAACAUGGCCAUGCUGCCCCCAAGUUCACCAGCGGUCUCAAGGGAAAGAGAACAGGUCACAGCCACACUUGCUGUGAGGGCCACACCCUCACAUGAGAGAACAGUUCAUGCAGAGCCAGUAUGGCCUCCUCCUCAGUUGUUUGGGGUGGACAAAGGGACAGAGAGCUCAGGGAGGCCAGGGGAGUGACUCUGCCCUCCUCCUAAUCCAUCUCCCUGUUGCUCAAUUCUGCUUCCUCCAGUGGACUCCCCUCUGGGCCUCUUCUGACAUCUAGUUCUGGCAUGACCUGUGACUGGUCCAUAGCCUCCAUCUCUGCCCCUCCAGUGGCCAUCUCCACCCUAGCUUCUGACAACAGGUCCCAGACACCACCAGGGCAUCCUCUGCAUACUCUGAUACCACUCCCAACUUUCGAGCAUCUCAUGCAGACCAGGCUGGGAGGAAGUUUCACCCAUGGUAAACACUAGGCUGGUUUCAAUACACAGGUUCGCCAGACCUCCCUUGGCUCCAACCCAUCUAGGCCCCAUAUUUGCCCAUCCCUUCUGUUUCCUCCAGCCUCGGGCCACUUCAGUACACUCAGACUUCAGUACCCAUCUCUAUGUGGCAUGCCCACCUCCAGUCCAGGGUAACCCUUCCCUCUCCCACCCCCAGGGCCAGCCAGGCUCCCAGGAACACUGCCAUUGCACAUAUAUGGCCCGCUCCCAGGACCCCUGGGCCCAGACAGUUGUAGGAAGAAACCGUCCUGCAUGGGACUUGCCAGUGCCCCCUGGCCUGGUUGGCCCCUGUGACAGCAGAACCCAGAGCAGCAAGAGACCAGUGGCUCCAAGGUUCUGCCCGUUGGGGGAAAGCAAUAGAGACACUCUCCUCUCUCUCUUUCUCUUUUUUUUUUUUUUAAAGAUUUAUUUCUUGAAAUAAAUAUUUUAUUGGGAUGUGAGAUGAUGAA